AAGAGAGAGAGAGACACGGAGCUCAGCACAGGGGGGAGCUGUCCGAAAAAAACACACCAACAACACCCCGAAUAAGAAAAACUGCCUAGGGUUGGUGUCAUUUUUCGGCGUAGACGGGUUAUUUGACUUGUUUCAGACCAGAGAUUUGUGUAAAUGCUAAUAACACCAGAAUAAGGUUAGAGGGAAGCGUAUUUUUUUCUGGGUAAAGUCACCUCGCCAAAUGAACUCCGUCAGAGCGAGCAGCAGGAGACCCAGGCGAGUGUCGAGGCCGCGCCCGGUGCAGCCGGAAAGAAACAACGCAGAAAGAGACGUUUUGGAUGUGGACACUGACUAGAUGCACAUGUAGGCACAAGGCAGGCAGAGAGAGUGACCAGUGCCAUGGCUGAACAGAUAAGGAUUUCCUUUUGUGUUGAUAUUUUGCCCUGAUGUACUUUUUGUUGCCUUGCCAUCUUGUCUGUGAAGUCUGCUAUUGAUGGACCAGUCAGCUGUACCAAUUGUGCUGUAGGGAAGGACAGACCGUAAGGCUCUCAGGUGAUCAGUACACCAGGUAUUGACAGAUGAGGACAUCCCUGCAGAUAUGGUUGCAGAAGAAUCUGGUCCAGGAGCUCAAAACAGUCCAUACCAACUCCGUAGAAAGUCCCUGUUGCCUAAACGAACCGUGUGCCCCGCAAAAAACAGUAUGGAGGGAGCCUCCACUUCAGCCACAGAAAAUUUCGGUCACAGAGCUAAACGUGCAAGAGUGUCGGGAAAAUCCCAGGACCUGCCAGCUGCCCCUGCGGAGCAGUAUCUCCAAGAGAAGCUUCCGGAUGAAGUCGUUCUGAAGAUCUUCUCCUACCUGCUGGAGCAGGACUUGUGCCAGGCUGCCUGCGUAUGCAAGCGUUUCAGUGAGCUUGCAAAUGACCCCAUUCUCUGGAAAAGACUAUACAUGGAGGUGUUUGAGUACACACGACCCAUGAUGCAUCCAGAGCCGGGGAAGUUCUACCAGAUCAACCCGGAAGAGUAUGAGCAACCAAACCCAUGGAAAGAGAGCUUUCAGCAGUUGUAUAAAGGAGCACAUGUAAAGCCUGGUUUUGCAGAACACUUUUAUAGUAAUCCAGCCAGAUACAAAGGCAGAGAGAAUAUGUUGUAUUAUGACACCAUUGAGGAUGCACUUGGAGGGGUGCAAGAGGCCCAUUUUGAUGGCCUGAUAUUUGUGCAUUCUGGCAUUUACACAGAUGAAUGGAUCUACAUUGAAUCCCCCAUCACAAUGAUUGGCGCAGCCUCAGGGAAGGUAGCCGACAAGGUUGUUAUUGAAAACACUAGAGAUUCAACGUUUGUGUUUAUGGAGGGAUCUGAAGAUGCAUAUGUGGGCUACAUGACCAUCAGGUUCAACCCUGAUGAUAAGUCAGCACAGCAUCAUAAUGCUCACCACUGUUUAGAGAUCACGGUUAACUGCAGCCCCAAUAUCGACCACUGCGUUAUCCGCAGCACCUGCACAGUGGGAUCAGCAGUGUGUGUAAGUGGUCAGGGUGCCGGACCUACCAUUAAACACUGCAACAUCAGCGAUUGUGAAAACGUUGGACUGUACAUCACUGAUCACGCACAGGGUAUUUAUGAAGAUAACGAAAUCUCAAACAAUGCUCUUGCGGGUAUCUGGGUAAAAAACCAUGGCAAUCCUAUCAUCAGACGUAAUCAUAUCCACCAUGGCAGAGAUGUAGGAGUGUUUACCUUUGACCAUGGCAUGGGCUACUUUGAGAGCUGUAAUAUCCAUAGGAACAGGAUUGCAGGGUUUGAGGUGAAAGCGUAUGCUAACCCGACUGUGGUACGCUGUGAGAUCCACCACGGCCAAACGGGGGGCAUCUAUGUUCACGAGAAAGGCCGAGGCCAGUUCAUAGAAAACAAAAUCUAUGCCAAUAACUUUGCUGGCGUGUGGAUCACCUCCAACAGUGACCCGACAAUAAGGGGAAAUGCCAUCUUCAAUGGAAACCAAGGAGGCGUUUACAUAUUUGGUGAUGGGAGGGGCCUCAUUGAGGGAAAUGAUAUUUAUGGAAAUGCCCUGGCUGGCAUUCAGAUCAGAACGAACAGCUGUCCUAUAGUAAGGCACAACAAGAUCCAUGACGGCCAGCAUGGAGGAAUCUAUGUGCAUGAGAAGGGCCAAGGUGUAAUAGAAGAAAAUGAGGUAUACAGCAACACUCUGGCCGGCGUGUGGGUGACCACAGGAAGCACGCCAGUACUCAGAAGGAACAGGAUACACAGUGGAAAACAGGUUGGGGUGUAUUUUUAUGACAAUGGACAUGGUGUACUGGAAGAUAAUGAUAUCUACAAUCAUAUGUACUCUGGAGUCCAGAUCAGAACUGGCAGCAAUCCGAAAAUCAGAAGAAACAAAAUUUGGGGUGGACAAAAUGGAGGCAUCCUUGUUUACAACUCUGGGCUGGGUUUUAUCGAGGACAAUGAGAUCUUUGAUAAUGCCAUGGCGGGGGUGUGGAUUAAGACGGACAGCAACCCCACGCUGCGCAGGAAUAAGAUCCAUGAUGGACGGGAUGGGGGUAUUUGCAUAUUCAAUGGCGGGAGGGGGUUGUUGGAAGAGAACGACAUCUUCAGGAACGCACAGGCUGGUGUUCUCAUCAGCACAAACAGCCACCCGGUGCUGCGGAAGAACCGGAUAUUUGACGGCUUUGCUGCAGGCAUUGAAAUCACAAACCAUGCAACGGCGACUCUGGAAGGCAAUCAAAUAUUCAACAACAGAUUUGGAGGCUUAUUUCUAGCCUCUGGUGUCAAUGUUACAAUGAAAGAUAAUAAAAUCAUGAACAAUCAGGAUGCCAUAGAAAAGGCAGUGAGCAGAGGUCAGUGCCUGUACAAGAUUUCCAGUUACACCAGCUACCCCAUGCACGAUUUCUACAGGUGUCACACCUGUAACACAACAGACCGGAAUGCAAUUUGUGUGAAUUGUAUUAAGAAGUGCCACCAAGGGCAUGAUGUGGAGUUUAUACGGCAUGAUAGGUUUUUUUGUGACUGUGGCGCGGGUACAUUGUCCAAUCCUUGCACAUUGGCCGGAGAGCCGACCCAUGACACGGACACUCUGUAUGACUCGGCACCUCCCAUAGAAUCCAACACAUUACAGCACAACUGAGAGCGAGCUCAUCCUUCAUCACAGCACCCUGGUCUUUAUCUUACCUGCCUACAAAUCCAGAGCGCCUGCCAUUUCUGGGCCAGAGAGACCUGGUGUGCAAAGUGUGUGGAUAACAAAAGAUGUCAGACUUUGAAUUAAUCAUUUUAAGAGAAACUAUCUUUGGAAAGGUGAAAUGCAGAACUCUGAAACCGUGUAAAGCUGCCUCAGUACUGUGUGCAGACACUCCUGUAUAUUGCUAACUGAGAAUGCAAGGAGUUCUCUCCACAUCUGCUUGGGAGCGUGAUGGAUGAUUUGGAAGAGUGAAAUAUUGUGAAGCAAUAUGUUGACUCAGGAUUAUGGAGAUUGUGGAGGUGGGUGCCACAGUGGUGGUGUUUGGGAAGGGACUGGAGUAGACUUUAUUUGGUCCUUCCAAUCGCAUAGCCCUACGCUGUGCGCCCUGCCCUGUGCAACUUCAGUUCUAUGUGGAGAUUCAAGACAAGUUCUGCUGCAGUUUAUGUACAGAUUUGACCGCGACCGGAGCCACUAGGAGCUACAGAUUGCGGUUUCUCAGAUUAGAGGCAGAGCCAUACCAUUAUGGCUCCCUGGCUGGUGACUUUUUUUUUGUUUUGUUUUUUUGUUUUUGACAGCAGAUGUGCUGAAAUAUAUGUAUGAUAUAAAAAAUUAACAAACAAACAAAAAAACAACAAAAAAUACCAAUGUGAUUAGCACUUGCUUUUUUUAUUUUAAAUGUUAAUAUGUUAUUCUGAUCUACAAAUAUGAUUUUAAUGCUUUCUCAUGUAGUUUUAUAUUUUCAGGCAAAAAAAAAAUCUUACUGUAUUUGAAUGUCUUUUAUUUUAUUAUAUAUUAUUAUUAUUAUUGUUAUUAAUAUUUUUUUGUUAGCACACAUUAGGCUUGCUGUAAUCAUACACAUGUCUCAGCAUAUAAGUUCUUUCUGUGAAAGAGGAAUAACAAAGAAAAGAUCAGAAAACGAACACUAAAUUUUCCUCCAGCAUUUUUCUUUUUAAUGAGAUGACUUCUUUAAAGUUAAAUUCUUUUAUGUGAGUGAUUGAUGUGUGGAACUUACGGUCGUGCAUUUUCAGAAAUGUUUGCAUCACCUUUGUUGCUGCCAUUAUUAGAAAAGGGUUAUUUUUGCCUAUUGUAUAUAACUUUCUCAUUCUCAAGUUCCCUUUCUUAGUAUUUGGAGCUUUCAUCUCCAAGCGGUUUGAAGUGUUAACUAAGGGCCCAAAGAAUUCUGAAACAUGUUUGACCAUUAAUCUUACAGAGAAUGUAAAGAAAAGAUUUCUAUUAAAAACAAUCCCUGAGCAUUUUCAUUCAGUUAAUUGUUGUUCAUGUGGUCAUAGCAUCACUGUUAAAAGUGCAUCCUGACUAUUUUAUUGCUUUCUUUUGGGCCCAUGGCCUGACUUGUGCCUGUUUUGCUGAUUUUGAAAAGCCUUGCUGGAGUUGGUUAUAUCAGAGGCCUCUGGCCUCUUUAAAGCUGAGACAAGUAUCUCUACAGCCCCAUUGUCUUUUUGCCCCUCAAACUCCAUCUAUGUGUAAUGUGGUGACUGUGGCUUCUCAUGCAGCCUGAAUUUUAUGCAUGUGUACCAUAACAUCUAGACUUAAUAUAUUGUGAAGUCUUCAAUAACCAUUAUGUAGAUGCUAGUAUGAAUUUUAAAAUGGUUUAAUUUCCUAGAAAAGAACAGAAACUGGUCAUUUUUAAGAAAAUAAACUUUAUUAGAUCAA